AUGUCAUACAUCGGAGAACGGGGUGUUGAAGAGCAGGACGCUGAAGAGAGAGAUUCCCAAAAGCUGCACGACCAAGAGCAGGACACCCAAGGGCAGAACAUCCAAGGGCGGGACACCCAAGGGCAGGAUGCCCCAGACCAGGACACCCAAGAGCGGGACGACCAAGAGCAAGACCAAGAGCGGUCCGCUGAAAAAGGUCGGGAUUCUCAAGAGCUACGCGCCCAGGAGCGAGACGACCAAGCCAAGCAACCGGCAUGCCAGGAUUGUGAAUUCCGGGAUGCCCGAAAACGGCUCACCCGUGAAAUGGACGUCCGAGAGUUGAGUGAUCUAGAGCAGCAAGCCAGAGCAUGGUGCGGAUCAGUGCAAGAUGCGGAAGUCGGGCGACAGGCAUUCCGGGAUUCUCAAGAACGGCAAACACAAUCGCAGGCCGAAGGAGUGCGGCUCCCCCAAGGGUUGCAUGGGCAUGUGUUUGGCCCCGAAGACCGGCAACAAACACACGAGCAGAGGGAUGCCCAAGACGAGAAAUGGCGAAGUCAGGUUUCACAGCAGUGGUUCCCUGGAGAGCCUCGCGCUCAGUUGGGGUAUGUCCAAAAUUGGCAAGUGGCAAGUCGAGUCAAAGCCGCGAAACAGCAAUGCUUUGAAUAUCUACAGUUGUACGACCCAGAGAAGGAGCUGGAUGCCCUAAAACUGGAGUCGGACGCCCCACAGCGGGACCAGGACGCUCAACUGCGGAAGCCCGACGCUCAACUGCGGGAGCCGGACGCGCAGCAGAGGGAGAAGGACGCCCUAAAUCGGGAGCUGGACCACCUAAAUUAUGAACAGGCCGCCCAAAAUCGGGAACUGGGCACCCCCAAAUCGGUAGCUGGACGCCUAAGACCAGGACACGGAAGUGCGGGGCGCAGAAAAACGGCCAUGCUCCAAUCCUGA